UCUUGGAUUCUCACAACAGCUCGAGUAGUUCCCGAUUAAUCAUCCCAGUUCAAACUUUCGAGCACAACCGCAGCACGCGCGCAGAUCAGUGAUCAGUUACGCGUGCAUAAGCAAUGGCAUACGUGCACGAGCAGGACGCUGCCGCGGACGUGGUGAUCGCCGGCGCCGGCCUGGCCGGCCUCGCCGUCGCUCUGGGACUCCACAGGAAGGGCGUGAGGAGCGUGGUGCUGGAGUCAUCGCCGGAGCGUCGGACGUCCGGGUUCGCGUUCUUCACGUGGACGAACGCCUUCCGCGCGCUCGACGCCCUUGGGGUCGGCGACAAGAUGAGGGGGCGACACCUGCAACUUCAGGGGUUGCGUGUGAUGUCUUCGUCGACAGGGGAAAUAGCGCGAGAAAUGGACCUCCAGGUGAAAGGGAAACUCGGACCCCACGAGGUCCGGUGCGUGCAGCGCAACGUGCUGCUCCAGGCGCUGGAGGAAGAGCUGCCAGCAGGCACCAUCCGCUACUCCUCCAAGAUCGUCUCCAUCGACGACGAAGGCGGCGACGCCAAGAAGCUCCUCCAUCUCGCCGACGGCUCAACCCUCAAAGCCAAGGUUCUGAUCGGGUGCGACGGGAUCAACUCCGUGGUGGCGAAAUGGCUGGGGCUGGCGAAACCGUCUGAGUCGGGGCGCACGGCCACGCGGGGCCACGCCAAGUACCCCGACGGCCACGGGUUCGAGCCCAAGUUCCUGCAGUUCGUCGGGGAAGGCUUCCGCGCCGGCAUGGUGCCCUGCAGCGACACCGACGUCUACUGGUUCUUCACAUGGUCUCCUUCCACGGCCAACGGCACCGACGGCGUCGACCAGAGCCCGUCGGCGAUGAAGCAGUUCGUGCUGUCCAAGCUGCGGAGCGCCAAGGUGACUCCGCAGGUGCUGGAAGCCGUGGAGAGGAGCGAGAUGAGCGACGUGCUCGCGGCGCCGCUGCGGUUCCGCGCGCCGCUGUCGCUGCUGUUAGCGAGCAUCAGCAAGGGCAACGUGUGCGUGGCCGGCGACGCGCUCCACCCGACCACGCCCGACCUGGCGCAGGGCGCGUGCACGGCGCUCGAGGACGGCGUCGUCCUGGCGCGCUGCCUCGGGGACGCCAUUGUCGGGGAGGAAGGCGGUGCUCGAGAGGAGAAGGAGAGAAUCAAGGCGGCCCUGCGGAAGUACGCCGGGAUCCGGCGGUGGAGGAGUGCCCAGGUGAUCGCGGCGUCCUACGUGGUGGGCUUCGUGCAGGAGAGCGAUCACCCCGUCGUGAGCUUCGUCCGGGAUAAGAUGUUGUCCGGGGUGCUCGCCAAGACGCUGCUGAUGAUGCCGGACUACGACUGCGGGAAGCUCUGAAGUCUGGAUGGAGUAUCUGAAUUUUCGUUGUUGUAUCAGGCAUUCAGGCCAUUCCGACCGUGUGUUGACUAAAAUCAACGACCGCCAGUUUACUUCCUCGCAACAACAAAGAUACUCCCUCCGUACACAAAUAAGUGUACUUCUAAGUUUGUGCCAUACAAAGAUAUUCAACUUCAAGUUUUUGACCAA